CAUUUUCCAAAUUAUAAUUCCAUAUUAAACAACGAGAAACGACCCGACCGCAUAUAUAUUAUUAAAAAAGUAAAUGUUUUGUUUUCGAGCUGAAAGUGUACUGUGCGCUUAGUUUGACAGCAGUUUUUGUCAUUUUUAAACACUGCGCCCGAAUAUGUUGCACAAUAAUGCAAAUUGGCAACAACAGCAGCAGCCGCCGCCGCCGCAACAACAACAACUGUCACAGCAACAACACAAUCAGCAGCAGCAACAACAACAGCUAUAUGGCAGGCAAAUGUUUUCUCAACAACCAACAGCAGUUGUUGGUCAACAACAUUGGCCAGAACAGCAGCAAGCGGCUCUAAAUUACAGCAACUAUUUUGCAGCCCCACAAUCGCUGCAGCAAUUGACACCACAACAGCAGCAGCACCAGCUGCCACAACAGCAGCAACAACAAGUGCUGCCACAACAGCAGCAACAACAAGUGCUGCCACAACAGCAGCAACAACAAGUGCUGCAACAACAACAGCUCUAUCAGGCACCAACACCACAGGUUACUGAUGCUUUCUAUCAGCCAGAGCAACAACAGUUGCCAACAACAUCGGGCACCACGGACUUGUUUGACAACAACAGCAGCAGCAGAAAUGAUGGCUGGGGUGAUUGGGGCGAUUGGAACGAUAAUGCGAACAACAACAACAACAGUAUCAGCACUAGCGCUUAUGGCAACAACAAUAAUUGUGAGGCCACUGCAGUCAACGCAGUUGAAGAUGCUUUUAAUGUGAACCAGGGCCAGGCCAGCUGGCAAGCUUUUGGUGCAAACAGUUUUAGCAACAACAACAGUAGCGGCAUCAAUGUAGAGGCCUCAAUGCCGCCUACGGCAGAGUCUGCAACUGCAGCCGUGGCCGCUCCUGUACCAUUGCACGCCCUAGCGGGCCCACCUCCAGUUCCAACUCCAGCUGCCAUUGGUGCAGGUCCACAGGGGCCGUAUCACAACAGUAACAAUAAUAAUAUAUCUGGCUUGGAAUUGCCACCACCCUUGCUGCCACCCGUGUUACCUGCAGCCGGUGAGCCAGAGCUAGACGCUAUUGUGCCGCCGCGUGCCUUUCAAAAUCACCCUGCACCACCGCCUAUGGUAACCACAGCAGAGAGUGCAGUUGUGGCUGGAUCAUCAGGGAAUCCCUUCAAGCUAGGAGGCGCAAACAAACCGCAACGUGUCAACAUCUUGUCCACAGCAAACAGUGGAUCUUCGGGGCCACUGCCACCUCCGGCUAAAUUACCCUUCGAAGCCACCGCGUACAGUGCAGCACCCACACAGCAUUUACUGCAGCCAAUUGUGGCAACGCCUGAGGCUACAGCAGCGCCAGAUAAUUCAGAAAUGAUGUACGAGAACCAGGAGGUGCUCGCGGCACCUAACGACGAACGUGCACAAUAUUUGCAGACAAGCCAUUUGUCCGAGCAACAUGAAGGCGAGGCGGCCAAUUGGGAGGCCGAUAGUCUAUUACCUCCUCCCGGACUGUCACGUUUGGUGUUGGGUCAACCCGAGCUGGUAGACACAUUGCAGCAGCAGCGCCAAGUUACGGGCACGGAACAACCGCUAAGCGGUGUCAAUGCCCUGCACAUGGAGGAGCGUCACGCCGAUGGGGAGGAUACAUCUGACGGCGAGCAGUUGCAGGUGCGGGGCAGCGGCACCGAUGUAACCUCCACUACUAUUAGUAGCAGCAGCACCAACAUAACAGCCGAUCGCAAUCUGUAUCUGGUUGCAGGCGAGAGCAAUGCUAAUGUACAACAAACUCGUCGCGUAGUGCCCGGUGUGGAGACAAUAGCAGAGAGUAGUCUGAUGACUGGCACGCCUCCGCCACUGGCGCUGGCCGGUGAGCAACGUGAGGUGGUGCUGGAUGGUGAGAAUUUGGACGAUCAGCUGGCCGUAAGCGUGGAGAGUGCCACACAACCAGUGGCACAAACAGGAUCACAAUCCGUGCUGACAACAGGCGCCAAUGACGCGCACUAUUUGACAAAUGUGGCAACCGCCACCCAACAUCACAACACAAAUGCAAAUAACAGCAACAGUGGCAUCAGCAAUUUGACCGGAAAUGAUGAAGGACGGGAGGCGGACAAAAAGUCGCGCUCACAGCUCCAGCAGCCGACGGCGCGUCCGAAGCAGCGCAGCAGCCACGAACGUCAACCGCCACCAUCGCUAGAGUCCGAGGAUGAAUCCGAUGAGUUUCUGCAAAGUGAACGGGCACGUGAUCGGCGUGAGGCACGUCGAGAGCACGAGCAACGCAGCCGUGGUGACAGACGCUCCCAAUACGGCAGCAGCCACAACUACGAUGGCGAGACCGAGGACUCUGUUCGCGGUGGCGGUGGUGGAGGCGGUACUGGCGGUCAUAGCGACAGCAAAUCCACACGUGACACUAAGCGGCGUAGUCACGAUUCGAGCGCCAAGCCACGCAGUCGUGGCCACGAGCAGCCGGAGCAAAAUUGGCGGCGUCGUUCACAAAAACAUAGCGGCGGUGAGGAAAAUAGCGAGCGUUACGAGCGUCGCUCGCGCUACAACAACGAGGGCGAGUCAGAUGGCGGCCUCGAUGGCUCUGGAGCUGUCGGUGGUAGUGGUGCUGGCAGUGGUAAUUUGAGUGCCGGCGAUGGUGGUGGACACAGCAGUAAAACAAGUCGACAGCGACGUAGUGGCCCAGCCGACAUGGACUACUACGAACGACACGAAAGGCACGGGAGCAGUAGGAGAAAGACUGAUCAUGACAGGACAAACGGUGGUACCCAUGGACGACGCAGUCACGAGGGUGGCGAGCGCACGCGUCGUGCCGAUGACAGCACCCUAGAGCGUCGCCGGCGACAGGAGCAGCAGCGUCAUUGGGAUCCGCGUGAGUUUGAGGAAUAUAGACGCAAGAGUUCGCGCAACAGCGAUCUGGAGAAGGAGCGCACCAAUGGCGGCGGCGGUGGUGGCGGUAGCAACAGACGUCGCAACUACGGCCAAUAUAGUGCCUACAAUCCAUACGGCGCUAUGAUGAUGGAACAGAUUUCGCGCGAUCCUCGCGUCUAUGCCAACAUGGCCACAAUCUAUGGCCAAAUGAUCAACUCAAUGGCGGUAUUAAAUGCAGCUGCCGCUUCCAACAUGGGUCAUACACAGCAGGCCGCUGUAGCCACGCCAAUAACAGCGACAGCCAGUGGUGCCAGCAGUGGUGCGGGAGGCGUCAUCGACUCUCAGGCGGCAGCUCAUCACCUAACUGGAGAGGCGGCGUUGCUAAGAGAACGCGAACGGUAUACACACGCAUACAUAACACAAGCCAAUGAAUUCCAUCGUCAUCAUUACACUGAGCAGUAUCAGCAACAACAACAACAGCAGCAGCAGCAGCAACAACAACAACAACAAAAUUUGCAACAACAGCAGAACUACUUGGAUUUAUUAAACUCGACCCUGGCCGAUGACAGCGCCAGCCUAUAUGGCAGUGAGUCGCACAGCAGUCGCUUGAGAUUGGCCGCAGCUUAUGGGCUAACGGGUGCUCGUUCCCUCAGCAAUCUUAACAGCAGCUUCGGUGGCGUCGGCGGCGACUACUACUAUGCUGGCUCGGAAUGCGCCGAUAUCAGAGGAGGAGUGAACAGUGCAGCGCCUGUAACGACCUUCGGAGUGGGAAUGCCGGUGGAUUCAAGCGCUUUGGUGCAGCAGCCACGUCGGCGCACCCCUCUUCUCUUCAAUUUCCCCCACCUGGUGGCCUCCUAUACUAUGAGUCUGCUCCUAAAGGUGAAGCCACGAUAUGCAGGACGCGGCAAGUUGCGCCACGACGUGGAGGUGACAGCUCCACGCAUCAAAGAUGCCACCAGCAGCCUGCUGCGUGCUUACCCUGGACCAUUGCAGGGUCGCAAGUUGCACAAAGAUAAGAUCAUCAAUUUCUGCAAGGAACAGAUCCGUUUGGGUCCUACGCGAAGCUGCACCGUGCUCUAUGCCACACAGAAGAAGCCUCACGGCAGCGUCGAGAAAUAUCGCGCUUCGCACGCCCUUAUGUGGCAUUUCCUGAUACUGCUGCUCCGACAAAAUGGCGUGAUUGCCGACACAGAUGUGGGAGAUUUGCUGCUGGAGAAUCAAAAGGAGUAUCCCUACGCUCCAAGUAGCAGUGAUGCCGCCUCCAGCGAACUGGAUGGUGGAGACGCUGUGAUUGCAGAAGGUGCUGGCAAUGAUUCGGAUGGUGGGUCCGCACGCAGCGUCCAAUUGGCGUCCUCGACUGUGCAGUCCACAGCUGAGGAUGGAAAUGAAGACGAAAAUGAAAUUGAAGACGAAGCUGGCGUGAAAAGCAACGCUGCCGCCCAAUCCAGUGAGGUGUUGGGUGAACUGGCCGCCACGGAUAAGUUCCGCAGUUACGUGCUGCGCGGAAAUGUCGAGGAGGCUCUCCAAUGGGCCACCGACAACAGCCUAUGGGCUCAUGCGUUCUUCUUGGCUUUGUACGAGGAUCGUUAUGCCCUCACCGACGUCGCCCAAAAGUUUCUUAAUCGCGCCAUCAAGCCGAACGAUCCACUUCAGACGCUCUAUCAAAUGAAGAGCUGUCACACACCCACAUGCGUUAGUCAACUGCGUGACGAGCAUUGGGGCGAUUGGCGAGCGCAUUUGGCCAUUCUGGUCACGAAUAAGUCUCGACAGCCGGAGUACGAUCGCAGCUCUGUGGUGGCAUUGGGCGAUACGCUUUACCAGCGCGGCGACAUCUAUGCGGCUCACUUCUGCUAUCUGGUAGCUCAGGAAGAAUUCGGGCGCUACGACAGCAUGGCUACAGAACACACCACCCUGAAUGCCAAUGUGCCCAAACUCAUUCUGCUUGGCGCCUCGCAUUAUAAACAAUUUAACGAAUUUGCGAGCAACGAAGCAAUCAUCAUGACGGAGAUUUAUGAAUAUGCACGUUCGCUUUUCGAUAACAAGUUCAGCAUAGCCAAUUUCCAGCACUACAAAUUUCUGCUGGCCACGCGCAUCUUGGACUACGGCCAGCACUUCCGUUGCACCAAUUAUUUGGAGCAAAUUGCUAAACACAUCGAGCUGAAACCGGAGUUAUAUACCAAUGAUUUUAUCCAACGGGUUGCCUCACUGGCGGAACGUUUACGCUACCAUGAUCCCAUACUGAUAAAUCGCGUGUCGUUUGCGAGUCCGCCGAGCGCCGGCAGCAACAACAGCAACCAGAAUGCAGCACAAGGCGGCCAGGAGGAGAAAGCUUGGCUGCGUACUUUGCGAGCGCUCGCAGAUAUGCAGCAGCAGCAGCAGCCGCCGCCACAGCAGCAAUUGCCGCCAACCCAGAGCGAGAUUGAUCAGCAAUUUGCUGAGGUUAAUAAGCAGUUUCGUGAGCUGAAUAUGCAGUAUGCCGCCAACAAUAUUGAGCAAACAUUGCAGGACGCUAGCAUUAGUGAACAGCAACAGCAACAACAACAACAGCCGCAGCAGCAGCAACAAAGUCAGAUGACUGGCGAACAAGUGCCCUACGAGACGCAGUCGGAUUAUUACAAGCAGACAGUACAAGCGAAUGAACGAGUAGCGGACGCUGUUGAUCCCUAUGCCCAACAACAGCAGCACAAUCCAAUGUACUAUGAUCCCAAUAUGGCAUUGCAGCAGCAGCAGCCACCAUCACAGCUCUACGAUGCAACGGCUGCACAGUCGGGAGCAACAAACGUCUAUGGUGGCCAUAUCGAGGCUGCUACAGAUGCUUAUGCCGAUCAGGCAGCCUCGUCUGCUUCUCAAUAUGGCGGCGACAACCCUGUACCCGUCCCUGGCUACGAUUACUGGCCAACCGCACAGGCGCCACAUCCCUAUGGUGGCGCUGCCAAUGCCGAUGAGCCAUCGCAGCAUAUGGAGAGCAGUGAGAAUAGUGCCAACAACAACAACGCUAGCUUGGACAAUGGAUCAGUUGGGGAACAACAAUUACCACAACAUCACCAACAAUUGGAAUUGCCCGAAAAAAGCUUGUCCGAGACGAGUGGCAUAGGGAAACAAAAACAAAAACUGCAACACAUUGGCGGCAGCAGCAAAAUAAAUCGGUUUAAGCCCAAUGCCCUCAAAGUAUCCGGUAACAACAAUAAACCAAUGAUUUAUGCGGGCAAGGCAACGCGCAAAUUGCAAUUUGCCAACAGCAGCAACGACAGCAACAUAACAAGCAGUAGCAGCAUGUCAAAGCACACGCCUACACAAAUCUACGAACCGGCAAUCUCGUCAGUGGGCAACGCAUUCAAUCUGAAUGAUCAGCAACAGCAGCAGCAGCGACCAGCAAUUUCAAUGCCCAGGUCCAAGACUUACGAUGAUGAGGACGGCGGCAAAGCGCAAACAGGUGGUGGUGGAGGGGCCGCCAACACACCCUCCACAACUGGUGCUGCCAAAACGGCGAGCAAAGCACAGUCGGCUGCCACCGAGCCUGGCGCACAGGGCAAUCAGAAUGCCGGCUGGUUCGGUGGUUUAUGGAACAAGCUCUCGCUGAAGCCAAAAAAUCAAAUGAUAUUACCGGACGACAAGAAUCCCACCAUUGUGUGGGACAAGGAGCGCAAAUGUUGGACCAACACCGAAGCGAAUGCAGAGGAAUCGGAAAGCUUCAAGCCGCCGCCAAAGAUGAGCGAUCUUGGCAUGGGUAUGGGAGUGGGCAUGGGCAUGGGAUUGGGCAUGGGAAUGGGCAUGGCACCACCGGUGAUGCCAUCUCAGCAGCCCCAAUCACUCGAUAUGCUUAAUGCCAGUCACAAUAUGUACGGCAAUCAAGUCGACUAUACAGCCACAGCUGCCACUGCCGCUCCCACUGCCGUGGCCGCCCCUACAACCCCCAUUGUGCCCGAAAUGUAUGCCGCAGCACCUUCGCCGGCCCCUGUCGCACCCACCACAGCUCCCUCACCAGUCGCCCCCGGUGGUCCGCAACCGAAACUACAAUCCAAUAUGUUCAAAAUGCAACGCAAUCGCACGCUGAAGAACUCCUACGUUGAUGUGUUCAAUCCAUCAGGCGCGCCCAUGGCUGCAACACCAGAGAACGUACUCGCACCCAUAAUGGCGCCAGCUGCUAUGCCUCAAGGCGGGUAUUUCGUGCCCGGCGCGUCGUCUCAGCAGCCGCAGCAGUAGAUUGGUGCCACAGCCAGUCACUUCCAACUACGUAAACCACAUACACAACAAUAUGCAUACAAACAGCGCACAUACACACACACACACACCGCACACACGCACGCACACAGGCACGUCUAGGAAGCAUCACAAGAACUAUUACAAUAAUUUCUGAAGAACCUUUAAAUCAACUAUCUCUCUAUAUACAUAUACAUACUAUAUAUGUGUUCAAUCUGCAAUCAUAUCGAUUGCUGUUGUGUUUGUUUUGCAUGCAACGGCGGCGCGCCCAUAACAACAACUCCUACCAGAACAACAACAACAACAGCGACAACAACUACAACAAGCAUAUGAAACAAAUCCAACUGCAUGCCUUCCGCCAUCUAGGUGCGACAUCAUGACAGGCUGCCUGCAACUUUGUUCCCUCUCUCUAAAAACUAAAACCAAAUUUUCUUGCCUUUCAAAUUUCGCUGUAGGUGUGUGUACGUGUAUGAGUAUGUGUGUGUGUGUGUAUUGUAUUUAGUUUAUUCUGCCUAUCGAUGUGUACGAUUCGACACUGGCAGACCAGAAGUUUAUGUACGACUUGUAAUAGCUAAACAAAUACAUACAUGUUUAUAUGUAAAUUUCGUUUUCCCCGCUCUAUGUAACACCACCCCCGAAUCACCCGAAACAACCCAACCUGCAUAUCCUUUAAAAUGCGCCCAUGGUUUGCAUCAACAGUUUAAACUUAAUUUGUAUUUACGUUUAAAUCUAUUUUGUGAUUUUCGUUUUAAAUACUAUUCGUUGUACAUUUCAUUCUUUAUGGUAUGUUGGUACGUUCCCAACAGGGGCGAUCUUAAAUGAUUUAAAUUUGAUUGUUUAUUCAUAAAUACGUUUUGUGUUAUAUGCUAGAUAGAUGCACACAUCUAAGCAAAUGGUCCUAAAGUGAAAUUUCUCAUACGAUAAUUAUAGGUACCGAUUUUCGAGACCUUAUUCUGUUGUAUGAAGUUUAAUUUUUUCUUUUUUUUUGUAAGAUUGGUGCCCAGCAUUAAUCUUAAACGCGGCAACCACCUCACAACCACAUAUAAUUUACAAAAAAAAAUCUAUUAACAACAACAAAAUGAGAGUAUGUGUGUGUGGCGGAGAAAUGUUUAUGGGGACUUAUUAUAAUAAUUAUAGUUAAAUGAAUGAAGAUGUGUUGCAAUGUGUUUAUUUUUAAGUUGUUUCUAAUUUGUAAAGAGCAGCAGAGCGCGACCGCCCUGUAUUUACCACUAUUAUUAAAUAAUAAUAAAAAAGUGAACACACAUAAUCAUAUUGUAUAUUAUUUUUAUUAUAUGUUAAUGGCCCUUUUUUUGAAUUUACAAAAAAUGUUCCCCCUCCCCCAUCACUGUUAUUAUUAUAUUAUGUAUUAUAGUUGUUGGUGCAAUUUUUGGCAAAUUCUUUCAAAGAAAUUAACAAACUGUAUGUUAUAAAAACGAACUACACAUAUAUAUAUAUAUUCCAAUUAUUUUAUAGUUCAAUUAAAACAACUAUUGAUAUGCAUUUUAAAAUGUUUCGUUUGUGUUUGUCAGUUUGUUUUAUGCGUUUAACUGGAAGAAUGAUGAAUUGUGAACGGUUUUUAUUUUAAUUAAGCUUAAAUUAAAACUGGUGCAGGCAAAAAUCAUAAAAAAUAUAUAAAUAAACAACUAAUACAUAAACAUCAAAUUCAAAUAUUAGCACACAUAUGUAGCAAUGUACAAAUUUGCCAAUUGGUUUUAAUAAGUAUUGAAAUUUGACAACAACAACAAAAUAGAUGAAAAAGAGAGAUGCGUAUUGAAAGUUUAUAGAACUUCCGCAAAAGCAUAUUGUAAUUUGUAUUUGUACUCAAGAAAUUGUACACAAUUUAAUUAUAUUAUAUAUAUACAAGUUAUAGAAAUCAUAUAACGCUAGUUAAACGAACAGGAGUUGUAUCUGAUUUACCAACUGCAUAAAGACGAAUAAAUUGCUAUUAAAAGAAAAAAAUAGAACGAAGACAGAGCUAUACAUACAUUUAUUAUUAAAUUAGCCUAAACAAUUAAAUCAAAUGUAUGAGAAAUACAAUUUAUGUACAUGCAACAAA